AUGGCAGGAACAGUCUUAGGAAAGCGCAGCCGCGUGGAAUCCGAAAGCUUGCCGGUACGGACUGCAAGCAAGCGGCGGACGAUUGCGCCCCGAGCGAAGAAGGAAAAGGAAGCCGCGCCUGUUACCUUGCGGCGGACAAGGUCUACUGUGCAAAAAGCGCGUGAACAAUCCCAACCCGAUCAAGAAAAUGGCGACAAGAAAGAUCUACCGGAGGAGACGGAAGAUGCGGAGAAGGUUACUUCCAAGCAUACUUUGCGCGAAGAGCAAUUCAAGUCCCCGGUGAAAAUCGACUCGCAUUUCCGCGCCUCAAAACAAAUUGAGGGCGAGUCGGAAAAGCUGAAGGAUGUGACGGGAGGCGCGGAGGAUAUCAAACCAAUCGAGUUCAAGACACCCUCGAAAUCGCGAUUCCGAAAUGAUUUACCGCAGUCGCCCAUCACCCCCAGGCACCGAGUUCAGGUUGGCGCAAAAGCGAUAACCCCACGUACCCCCCGCCACGCAGAUCUUCCUCCGACCCCUCGCCAGAGUGCGACACCCACCAUUACAAACUCAGUUUACUCGCAAGCUAGACAGUUGUUCGCCCGCGGCGCCAGCUCAGGUCGGCUGGUUGGGCGAGAUGCGGAGCGUGAGAAGCUAGUCUCUUUCCUGACGGAUGGUGUCGAGUCUCGGAAUGGAGGGUGUCUGUACAUUAGCGGACCCCCUGGAACAGGCAAGAGUGCCAUGGUCCAAGAAGUAUGCAAGGAUCUCGACCUCUCUACGGUGAGGGUCUCACAUGUGAACUGUGCAAGCAUGCGAGUAGCCCGUGAUGUCUACAGCAGACUCGUCCAGGAUUUCGAUGCAGAUAUGGACGUGUUCAAGAAAAGUGAAGCCGAUCACUUGAAGGCCAUGUUUGUUCCGUCUACAAAGGCCGAGGACCUAUUUUUGGUAACAUUAGAUGAGAUUGAUCAUCUAUUGAACGGUGAUUCCGGAGUCUUGCAGUCAUUGUUCGAGUGGUCACUACAGAGCAAGUCCAAGCUGAUGCUGAUUGGCAUUGCUAAUGCUCUUGAUUUGACCGAUCGAUCCCUGCCACAGCUCAAGGCAAAGAACCUGAAGCCCCGUCUUUUGCCUUUCUUGCCUUACAGUGCUGCCUCUAUCGCGGAUGUGAUGACCAACCGUCUUCGGUCGCUGCUCCCCGCUGGCGCAGAGGCUGACCCGAAACUUGUGCCCUUCGUUCAGCCAGCCGCCAUUCAACUUUGCUCCAAGAAGGUUGCCUCGCAAACAGGCGAUCUGCGCAAGGCAUUUGAGUUGAUCAAGCGAGCAAUCGAUGUCAUCGAGCAGGAGACCUGGCAGAAGCUUGAGAAGCAAGCCAACGAGAACGGAGCAAUUCUCGGUGAGAACGCCAACCUUUCUUCGCCUACCAAAGGAGCCGGCAUCCCCAAGCCUAAGUCCAUGGCCAGCUACACGGUCAUUACUGCGCCACGGGCCAGUAUCGCACAUAUUGCCCGCAUCACCUCCGCAGCUUUCGGCCAAGGCACUGUUCAAAGACUGCAAAGUCUCAAUCUUCAGCAAAAGGCUGCGAUCUGUGCGCUGAUUGCUCUCGAACGCAAGCGUCGUCAUUUGGAAGUCCCAAGCACUCCUUCCAAGUCGCGCGCUUCGGCACCCACUAUCAAACAAGCAUUUGAUACAUACUGUGCUCUCUGUCGCAACGAUAACAUCCUCCACCCUUUGACUGCCACUGAGUUCAAGGAUGUUUUGAGCAAUCUCGAGACGAUGGGUCUGGUUGGAGAGUACCAGGGCCGUGGCCGAGGUGGAACGGUUGCAGGUGGCUCAGAUCUACGCCGCACACCUUCCAAGUCCGGCAACGCACCUGGUACGCCACAUAAGGCACUUGAUGAACAGGGUCUUCUCUGCUUUGUUUCCCAGCAAGAAAUCGAGAGCCAGAUUGCUGGUCCCGGUGAGGGAAUUCUUCGACGUCUUCUACGAGGUGAGGGACUUUGA